UUGAAUACUUAAGGUGAUCGCUUUUGCUUUUUUCAUUUCUUUCGCGGAAACCAACGACCCGAGAAGGAAUUGAGUAGUGCGUAAAAUGUCAGGCGGUAAUCCAAUCGCGACGCCAGCAGUCUCUACUGCGACAACUUCUCAAUUCCAAAGAACUACAUCAAGCGCCGACGUCGAUAGGCAUGACCCCUCAAGGUCGCCAGACAACCUUUCUGCUGUGCAGGUGACAGCGUCGGACGAUGCUGGAGUUACGUGCGCCCAUGGGAUGAAGAUGGGUGUCGACACUGCUUCAGCUGCUGACGGGAAUGUCGGCGAAACCGCCGCUGCUCCCAGGCGCGUUCCGGGUCUGCCACGUUCGCAAAAGAAAUGGCUGAAGCGACAGACUGAUCGAGGACAGCGAACAGCGAAACGCAGUAAGCGUCAAUCUGAUGCGCCAAGUUGCGACGAGGCCUCCGGUCCAGGCAGUGCAAUAUUGGAGCAUGCAGGACCAGGACCUUUGACAACGGACAGUUGUAGUACAACAAAAGAUAGGGAGCUCCUUGUUCUUCCUAAAAAUUGUUUAUCUGCAACCUCGCCAGCAGUACCUUCGUCUACUUCUUCACGCACUGCUGGGGAUAAUCUUAGAUCGAGACCAGGAGAAGUCCUUGGAGAAGCUGAGGAUCCUCCGGGAAUCGGCCGUAUCGAAGCAAAACGACGAAGGACGGAGGAGGAGGCGCGCAGGCUGGAGAGCGCUUUCCGUGACCCAGGAAGCUUGAAAGUUGUCAUAAAUUGCAGUUUCUGCGGCGAAAUGAACUUCAAAGAACUCCUCUCGCUGCGAAAACAGAUCGAGCUGUCGUAUAAUGUCUUCAAGCAGAGCAAGUACCCCAUCCAGCUCCAUCUCACGAGCUUCUGCCCGAAAACCAAUCCUCUCGCAGCCGCAUGGAACGUCGUCCGCUCCGAUUUGAAGGCUGUAGUUUCACAAGAACAACAAGUCCUCGAAGAAAAUAACUCAACAAAGACAACAACAAUGAUCUCCUGUUGCUCAUCAUCAACAUCAACCAAAUCAACAUCUUCUGGUUCGGUAAUUUCCUCCCCUUAUGGUGCCGAACAAGCACUCGAAGCAAAGAAUAAGGCGGACCCCGAAGACGGAUCGUCUUUGGAUGCUCUUCUAGAACAAAGGCUUCAGGACGUUUUGGGGUCUUUUGCCAGCGCGAAACUUCAGGGUCAACGUAGAUUGCUAACGCUGGUUCGAUCAUUAGCUCUAGAGAAAUGGAAGAUUCAUAUUCAUGAGCGCCCCUACUGGGAAGUAUUUGCGUCGUCCUCAAGCGUCAGCUCCUCAUCUGGAGAAGGCAGGAGACCACAGCUUAUAGUUCUGUCACCGGACGCAGAGGCGCCUCUACUGGACUUGCAGGAGCUUGUCAAUCACGUACGAAGUGGAGUCUCUCUUCCACCAUCACCAGGAGCGACCUGUUCCCCUACCAAAAAUGAUAAAAACCAUAUACCAGCACACGAUCCGAGACUUACUGCUGCAGACAAACAGACUGUACAACAGGUGGUCGGGAUGGAUGCUCAAGACGGGCCUCCUACAUCCCCCAGCGGCAGCAACAAGAAGACUGAUAACUCCAGUAGCACAAAAACUAGCGCUUCUUCUAAGUCAUUUGGAAAUCUAUUUUUUGUGAUUGGUGGAUCCGUAGAUCGCACAGUUCAAAGAGGCCAGACACUUGAGCAGAGCCAAAAGCCCGACGUAAGAUGCCGUGUACAACGCUGUGUAAGGCUUCCGAUUCGUGAAUUUGCAGCGAAGGGGAGUGCGAAAAUUCUGAACAUUGACACGGUGAUACAAAUGGUCAGUAUGAAAGCGUGGAAGGAAACUGAACGAGAGCGACAUCAUCAAGGAUGGCUAGAUUAUAAUAUUUCUGCCGGUUCCUCAACCUCAUCUUCUUCCCACGACCCACAUCCACAGAUUACACGGCCGCCCGUGAUGAAGAGAUGCACUACAAAUAGUAUAGAGAAGGAGAACCCAGCAGCAGGCGCAGCAUCAAUUUCAGCGAAAGCUGGUGUUGUUCUUCAAGUUGUCGUUGAGAACAAGAUAAGACAAGAGCACGAGGACGAGAAGAAGCUAGAGCAAGGGUCCCCUGGUGCUCGUUCAACAUCACUUGAUGAUCAUGCAUCGUCUGAAGCUGUGGGUCAAGCAGUCGUCCCCGCUGCCUUUAUCGUCAGUACUCAACAUCAACAUAGUACUCACGAGCAUAGUACGGCAUCUUCAACCACUGGCGAAGGACAAGGAGUGGAAGAAAACCGUCUGUCGGUAGAGAGCAUGGCGAGCAGUACAGAGAAAUCCAAGAAGGGGACAAGAAAAAGUGAAAUAACUUUUUCAGAAGAAACAGCUUCGGAGUGGAGGCAGAUCUUUCGCCAUUGUCUUUCCUCUCGUUUUACAAGCGUGAAUAACGUAACUUGAACUUCUACACUAACUAUGAUAUAGAUUGAGAUACGUCUUAGCUGCAGGUGCUGGAAAAGGAGCUUUGUUUCUAGUCACCUCUACAAGGACUGAGAGCAUUGAUUGGCUCUUCACACCUCUUACUUUGGACCACAAAUGUGCUCACAAUUUAUACAAGUCGACGACAACUUGUCCUUCACCUUCUUUCCUUCCUACAACUGAUCCCUUCUGUAGUCUUGAGGUGGUCAUCACAUCUGCAUUGUUGAUCUCCGAACAUUUGACACAUUAUCGCGAAGCGACUAUCAAUAAGUUCUCCGGAACGUGCCGAAAUGUUACGAAAUGAAAGUCGUGUUGCUCCCGGGCCAUGUUCUAAAAAAGAUUAAGAUGAUUGAUUUUAGAAAAAAGUUCGAGA